ACAUAUUUUCUACUGUAUUUUCCAAGAAAGGUUUUUAAACUGAAAAUAACUAAUGGUAUUUGUUUGAAAUACUGGGGGGAAAAUGCAGCGGUCUAUUGCGCUCUGACGUAUAACGUCAGCGUGCGCUUUUCUCUACUCCCAUUUGUUUCCCGGUUUAAAGGUAACUGCCGUGCUUGGUCCUCAUUGGUGUGCGCCUUUUGGACACGGAUUUCAAAUGUGUAGCUAGGAAACAGGCGCAUUUUCAUAUUGUCUUCAUUCAAGUAGUUCUCAAGUUUGUGAAACCCCGCUUAGCGAGCUAAUGUCGUUAGCAAAAGUUUAACAGCAGAAAUAGGUGGGAAUCAAGAAGUCAUUAAAGUUACAGGGUUACAAUUUGAACACAAUCAGUCAUUAAAAAAAUGAAAUAUCCGUCCAACUACGAGGAACCCCGAUUUCCAUGCGACAUGGAGAAACAUGUCACAUACAAGGAGUCUGGCCUGAGAACCUCACCACUAAAGGAAUGCGCCCAAGUAGUAGCCAAAUCACAGCUCUCACCAUGUGUCACCACAGCUGCAAACUUUUGCCUCGAGGAUGAUGUGAAAGGUGUUCACAAUAAGGAGAAUAACCAACAUAAUGUGGACCUUGACGGGGUGAACCUAGGCUGUGAAGCAUUCGAGGACAGCGGUUUCCUGUCUUUACAGAACAGCCAGAUAGAGGACUUUGAUAACAUAAAGGAACUAGAAAAGUCUCCAGGACAGCAUAUAUUCUCCCCAAGUACUCCAGUUGCUGAUUAUCACAACAAGGCUACGCAUACUGCCUCAAAACUCCCCAUACUGAAGUUUCAACACGCUGUAUGCCAAGAACUCGCCAACAGUUUCAAGAGGACCCAAAGCUAUGACUGGUCUGUCAUUAGCAGGCUAGCAGAGGACUCUGGCCUUGAAAGGGUUAUUGGUGGGCACUUGGGCCUUGAAUGUAUGGACGUUUUAAAAGCACUGCUAGAGAGGGACAUGAAGCACAUCCUCACAAGGAUCCUGCUUCUGCUAGGAGAUGUAGACUUAAUAAGCUGUAGAAAAGUGAGCAAGACCUGGAGAAAAGUAAUCUGCCAAAACAAGUCUGCACUCUGUAGAUGCGACCAGGCUAAAGAGCGACUCAGGGACACAAGAACCUCUGCAGGACUGGAGAAUGUGGGCUCUUUGACGCGAGAUGUGGCGCUGUCCCGGGUUGUGAUGUCCUGUAUGCAGAGAGUAGCUUCAACCCCUAUCCAGAAGUCUACCUAUAGGACGCGCUCCCAGAGAGAAGGUACACAGACGCUGUACUGCUCCCAGCAAUCUCGCUUCAGAGAAUACCAAGAGGCUGCCAGUUUGCUGAAGCAGCACGAGUCGUUGAAACCCUGUAAACGCUGCGGCUCUCCUGCCAAGCACAAUGCAGACGCCAUGAGGGCCACCUGUACCCGCCUCAGCUGUGGAUUUGACUUCUGCACCCUGUGCCAGGGCCCUUUUCAUGGCUCCUCAGCCUGCCAGACAGGGCUGGCCCGGGGGCCUAGCAGCUCCAGGGCUAACCCUAUCCUCAUCGGCAGUGCUCGCAGCAAGAGGAACGUCAGACGCCUGUGAGAUCAAUGCAGCCCUGGAUGAAGACUCAAUCAUUAACCUUUUUAAAACCAACAACAUUUCAAAUCUUAUUUAUUAGUUUUAGUCAUGGACCUUUUAACACACUGCCCCCUCUCAGGCCAAAAGGAUCUCGGGCUAUUGGAAUACUCUGUGUUAGAACACACUGUAUUCUGUGACAAUCCCGUGAUGUCAGUUGUCCGGCAUUAGUCGUCAGAAAGCGACAAUCUUACUGGAAGCCAAAAAAUAUCAUUUUACCUGAAUUGUACAUUAAUUGAAUAUUUCUUAAUGGAAUAUCUGUAUGUAAAUAUAUCUUUUUAAAUGUGAGAUGUAAAUAUUUAUAUUGUUGAAAUAAAAUAUCUUUGGGGA